GAAACAGAAUUUGCACUAGAGGUUUGGACCAACAGUUUUCUUUUCUCAGAAAACUUCAAAAUCUAAAGAACAGCAUCUCCACAGACACACACACAGGUGAGUAUCAGGACUAAAACAUAACUUUAUCCUAUAAUCUAAAAACUGAAUCACAUUUUGUCUACAUGGCAUCAAAUAAAAUAAUUUGAUACAAAUUUUGAGCCAAAGUACAAACUGCUUAAGUAUCAAUCAGACAAUUUAUGCAGUGGGCAAAAGGGUAAAGGUAAACAGCAGGUAUACCACAGGAGUGAUGUGAGUUACUUUUGUUUUUAAAGUCUACAGUGAUCAGUCAGCGUGUCUAAUAGUGUGUUAACUCCGUUUUCGUUUAAACGUAAAACAAUUUUUAAAAAUCACAUUUGCGUGUGUUUUGCAUGCGUUUGACUUAACACUCAUAGGUGAACCUUCCUUGCUGCGCAUUGGUCUCGGUCCACACUUUUAGUCAUGACUUGGCUGCUUGCAUCACCAAGCGUUGGUGACGUGUGGCGUCUGGGAGCUGUCCCAGGAAUCAUGGUGCUGAAGCUGCAGCGCCGUAUCAGCAGCCAAUGAUUGCAGGAGAAUCAGGGGCUACACGGGUGCUGCUUUCACCCCGGAGCAGGACAGUCUGACUGUGGUGCGGGAUUUAUAACCAAGUCAUGUAAAAAUAAAUCGCCUUUUUUUUAAAUUGGCGAUGGUAGUUCAGCUUCAAAUAGAUCUUGCAGCGACCUGCAGUCUGGCUGAACACCAAUGAAAAUACACCUCCACUGUGAUCGUUGAGAGAAAACGGCAGCUGAGCAGCGGUUUAGCUUCAUGGCUUCAGACACUUGUUUGCAUCGAUGGGAUUUAUUUUUCUUGUGGAUUUACAUCCUGCUGGGAAACCAGUAAAAGUCAGAGGCGACACUUGAACUAAUGCGAAGGUUUCAUCAUUAGGCUAGAUAAAGACCUUCCUGCAUCCAAGAACCUAUAGGACCACAGCCUAUGAAGGGGGCACAUCCAGUACACGCUGUCUUCUUGCGGCACCUUUGCUUGGUGCCGUGAGUUUGUCCGCACACAGCUGGAUGCAGCGCAGCCAGGGUAUGCUGAAGAGCCGCUGCUGCGUCCUGCUCGGUGACCUGAGGGUGCUACUGCUCGGGCCCCCGGCACCGCUGCCCCCGCUGCCCCCGCUGACCCCCAUGAGCGGACAAACCACGGAAAGCCAUGACACAGGCGUCGCCGUCCCCGACAACAACAACACGUUAACGCGAAGCCAGCAGCGCGCGGGGGACCGGACUGCCUUACCUGCAGCAGGGGCCACGGGGCCACCGACUGGGGAGAGACCGGUGGCAUGCUGGGUGGAUGCUGCAGAGCUGACGGCCGCCUUGCGAGGCUGCAGCAGCCCAUCAGAGGACUGCUCCAAAGGCAAACUGGAGGAGAGGUUCUCCCUCACCAGCUAUACGGAGAGUGGCUUCAGGACGCCUGUGUGCAGGAUCUGUUUCCAGGGACCAGAACAUGGGGAGCUCCUGAGUCCAUGUCGCUGCAGCGGCUCAGUGCGCUGCACCCACCAUCCCUGCCUCAUCAAGUGGAUCAGUGAGAGAGGCUCCUGGGCCUGUGAGCUCUGCUACUACAAAUAUCAGGUCAUCGCCAUCAGCACCAAGAACCCUCUGCAGUGGCAGGCCAUCUCCCUGACGGUGAUAGAGAAAGUCCAGAUCGCAGCAGCCGUCUUGGGCUCUCUCUUCCUGAUGGCCAGUAUCUCCUGGCUGGUAUGGUCUUCUUUCAGCCCUUCUGCUCGCUGGCAGCGACAAGACCUGCUUUUCCAGAUCUGCUACGGCAUGUACGGCUUCAUGGAUGUGGUGUGCAUAGCACUGAUUGUCCACGAGGGACCUUCUGUGUUUCGUAUCUUCCACCGAUGGCAGGCUGUGAACCAGCAGUGGAAGGUGUUAAAUUACGAUAAGACCAUGGACAGCGACGACCUGAAGGCCGCCGCUGUGGACAGGACUCAGCCCACUCAGGGCUAUCAAACUGGGGUGGGAUUGUCAGCCUCCACCUCUUCACUGAUGGUGGUAGCCUCCACAGCGGCAGGCUCCACUUCGACAGCUGUGGUGACAACAGCAGGAGGUUUGGGAGCACAACCAGUGGACCCCACCACCGCCAACAGCAGCAGCAGCACUGCAGUGCCAGACCAACACUGUCCCUACAACAUCCUCCACCUCCUCAGCCACCUCAGGCAGCCGGAGGCUCGCGGCCAACCCAGCAAUAGUUCUCGAGAGCUGGUCAUGCGCGUGACCACAGUCUGACGAGGAAGUCGAAGCCUGACCUCAGAUGGAGGUGAAGGAUUUAUGAACGGAUGGACGGAUGGGGUGAAUCUUAAAGUAACUGCGUUGGAUUAUUACAAUUUUUCCUGUUUGUUUAAAAUGCAUCUCUGCUGUCCUUAUGUGGAUUGAAUAAAAGUUCAACUUU